GAUCCUAACCUGUAACUGCGAUGACGUAAAUGCGGUGCGUUUUAACUUCAACUUGCUUCUAAUCUCGACGUGUUGCGUUACCACACAUUUGUAUUGGGAAAACACGCGUACUUUGACUGAACACGAUGAAUGUGACCGGCAAGUUGUGUCAAUUGAGACAAGCGCUGCGGAGCUGCAGGAAUUUACAUGUCACGUCUCUCGCACGGUGUGCAGCUGCAUAUGAAGGCCCUGGUAAGACAACCGUCACGUUUAUCAGUAAGGAAAUUGGCCCUCGAAUCUUGGUACAGAAAUGCGACGAGGUAGGAUUUACCUUGAACAAUGAUAAGAUGAUAAUAGGACCAACAAUACUUUUUCCAAGACUAGGUCUCUGUUGGAACAUUGAGUCAGGGGAACAUAUAAACGAUUCAACUCUGUCAUUGUUAUUUAUCCUGGAGCCUAAGCCUGAUCUUGUGAUUAUUGGUCUUGAAAAACAAUAUACUUUUUCACAUAUCAGAUAUAUACAAGAACUUAUGUGUAAACAUAAGAUUGCUGUGGAAGUAAUGUCUGUAGUUAAAGCAUGCACAGUGUUCAAUUUUGCAAAUGAAGACGGCAGAUAUGUCGUAGCUGCCCUGAUACCACAGAAUGCUCCCGAACAACUACGGCUACUGAGUACAGAUACCAAAGGAGAAACUGAUCCAGAUGAUUCUGAGAAAAAGAAAGCAAACAGUUUAAGGAAGGAUACAAAACUAGAAUAAUUAUACAUGUGUAUAUAUAUUAAGCUUAGGAAAAUAUAUUAUAUAUUAUAUAAUAAAUUAAAGAAUUUGUAUGUACAAGGUCGGUCUUGAAAGUAUCCGACUUUGUGCUGCAGCAGGAGAAAGGAGUUAAUUCUAGUCAAUGGCAACAAUAUCCUCUUCAAAAUACUCCCCUUUGGAAGC